GCUGUUUUCACUUUCUCAUAGGUGAGACCCUCUUCCCGCCUCCCGGAGUCGGGGGGCUCAGCACCUGGAGGAACGCGUCUCUAGGGGAGGCGCAGGUGUGUAGGCCAAUGGGGGAGGCCCCGGGCCUGUGGCCUCGGAGUCGGACCUGAUCUGGGAAGAGCACCAAGUUGUCCCUCCCAGGCUGCUCAAGCCCCACCAAUGAUGGAUGAGAGGGAGGAGGAUGCCGAUGAGGAAGCCUGGCUGCAGCUUCGGCCUGUGGAGCCCUUGCCCUCCCAGUGCUGUGGCAGUGGUUGCUCACCUUGUGUGUUUGACCUCUAUCACCAAGAGCUGGCAAAGUGGGAGGCAGCCCGAGCCAGCAAGGACAGGAGCCUGCUGAGUGGGGAGGAGUCACAGAGCUGUCCGUCCAAGCUGAGCCCAGAGACCUUCCUGGCCUUCCGCAUCAGUGCCAUGGACAGACUCACCGAAGACACUUACCAUGUUCGGUUCGCACUCCCCAGGAACUGCCAGCUCGGCCUGCGGCCUGGCCAGCACCUCGUCCUACGAGGGAAGGUGGACGGCUUAGAAAUUCAGAGAGCCUAUACACCCAUCAGCCCUGCCAAUGCAGAAGGAUACUUUGAAGUUUUAAUCAAGUGCUACCCAACUGGGCUGAUGUCCCGGUACGUCAGGUCCUGGAGCACAGGAGACACAGCUUUCUGGCGAGGACCUUUCGGCGACUUCUUCUAUAAAGCCAACCAGUAUGGUGAGCUCCUCAUGCUGGCUUCGGGCACUGGCUUGGCCCCCAUGGUGCCUGUCCUGCAGACCAUAACAGACAACGCAGAGGAUGAGACCUUUGUCACCCUGGUCGGCUGCUUUAAGACCUUUGAGGGCAUCUACCUAAAGACCUUCCUCCAGGAGCAGGCCCGUUUCUGGAACGUCCGAACCUUCUUUGUCCUCAGCCAGGAGAACUCCCCGGAGAAGCUUCCCCAGAGUUACCGAGAGAAGACCCGCUUUGGCCGCCUGGCCCAGGGCCUGAUCAAAGAGCUGGUUGGUUCCUGUCGCAGAAAGCCGUUUGCGUUGGUCUGUGGCUCAGCCGAGUUUACCAAGGACAUGGCCAAGUGCCUGCUGUGCGCAGGCCUGGCCGAGGACUCCUACUUCCUCUUCUAGCUGGGCCUCCCUUCCGAAGCCCUGGCCAGGGUCCUGCCACUGGAACACUGGGAGAAGCACAGACUGGAGUGCAGGCCUGGCCCACCGCUCACUGGCCCGGUGACUGUAGGUGAAUGUCUGCCUCCCUGCUCCUCCAGCUCUUAUCUACCUCACGAGGUUGCUGACUCCCUCAGGCCGACAUUCUGCUCGGUGGAGGGAAGAUGGGGCUGCAGGAGCCCCGGGAGGGGGCGUGGGCAUCCUGGAGGACUCCCGGGAGAAAGCCAGGUCCAUGCCAGGCCCAGGGAUGAGUAGGAGCUGGCAGGAGAAGGUGCAGGAAGAGCUUCCCCGGUAUCUCAGAUUAGAGGGCUUGGGGCCUCCCGUCACACCCUGCCCUAGAAAUGCCUGUUCUAAAACCUGCUUUCCCUGGAAACUGCGUGUCCUUUGCUGUGGUCUCAGGGCUGGCUCUGAUGCGUUGCUUGCUGAGUGUUUAGGGAAUGACCAUAGGGGUAGCUAAGAGCUCUUUGGAGGAGGGACUUGCCUUAUGUACCUCCUGUGCCUCAAGCCUGACACAACGCUCUCGGGUUCUGUGACCUGUCACAUUCUCCCAGCAAGGUGGGUCCUGUAUUACCUUUAUUUAUACAGGGCCCAGGCCUUUCCUGCUGCAAACAGCUCCACUCGAAGUCUCCCUUCCCUGGCUCAAGAGCCCAGCCCAGAGUCCUCUCCUGAGCAAAAGAGGUACAGAAACAAACACCCUCCCUCCUGCAGGCAGCCAGCUCAGCCCGCCUUUAGCUCCGGAGCCCUGGUGACGGUUGCUAUGGAGAUCUAAAGAUAGAGCAGGAGUCAGGAGACCUGGGUCCCUCUCCCUGCUCUGCCCACUGAGCCGCUGCUGAUUCCGCUCCACCCCCACUGCCCUCCCCACUGAGCCCCUCCAUCCUACGUGGGGCAAGACUUCCCCAGGGACCUGGUCCUCCCCGGCGGCAGGCAGCACACUGCGGGCAAUGAAUCCUACUUUCCACCACCUGGCCUCCACCAUUCCGUGCUGCCCCAGCUCACGCCAGCCGCGGGUGCUCCCAGAAUCGGAGUACUAAGCCAUGAAAUCUCAGAGCCAGAGGACCAUGGAAUCAGUUAGAACGUUAUAGUCGUGGAAUCACAGCCCUCCUCACACCAGAGAUUAAAGUUCAAGACUCCAGGAAGCAUCCCGUCGAAUAGACUCGUUGUGUGAACAGGGAAAGCAAGGCCCCAUGUGGCGAAGAGAUGGACCCAAGGUAAACCAGUUCACGGCAGAGCUGGCAUGAGAAGCCAGGUCCCCUGAUGUCACCUGUAUGGAGAGUUGGGUAACUGGCGGUUUUCAGACUGGGCUCCGUAGGACACUAGGGUUCCAUGCAUGGCAGCAGUGAAGGGACAGCCCCAUGGGAUCUCCAGGCCCCCCACAACCAGAACAGUUCUGUGGUCAUCCCACUGAUAUAUCAGGGUGUGUGGUCACCUCCAUUUGUGAAAGACGGUUUUCCUGCAUGGCCCAAAAAGUCACAGGCACAUCUCCAUCCUGGGCCGUUGUUCAGGAAACAACCCAGCAGAGGCAUCUGGAGGCGGUGCCCGAGGUUUUACACUGUGCUUUCUGGGCAGAAUUUGACAGUCCUUAGAGGACAGGAAGACUGCCUGGGACCUUCCCCAAAAAUCCUAGGCACCUGAGCAUAUCAGUAAGGUCUAGUGGUCAUGAAAUCGUUUUCAUUUUGUUUAACUCAGAGUUUCCCAAGCUUAUUUAACUAUAGGACAGUCCUGUCCACUAGAAUCUUUUGAGAGCAGCAUUCUAUGGGCUGUACUUUGGGACACGCUGGUCUGUGGCACGGCCCCCUUGCACACCCCUGAGUGUGGUGAGCUAUGAGGCCUGCACUAAGCCUCAGAGGUCCCAGCGGGAGCCGUGAUCUCUUCCUGCCUCUCCUGUGACUUGGGCAAGACACUUCUCCCUCCGGGCCCCUCAAAUGUGGGUGUCUUCCUUCCCCCCUUUCCCCUCCCCUGGGGCUUUCUGUUGAUGCUCCUCACAGAUAUUCCUGGAGGGCCCGUCAUGAGCCAGACUCUGUUCCAGCACCAGGGGAACUACCAGCAGUUCUGGUCACUCCGCCACAGAGCUUAUAACCCAAUAAGGAGCACAGAAAUUAAACUCGUAAUUCUAAAAGGGAUGAAUGUUCUAGAAAGGGAAGUAUGGAUACCAGGCGAGUGGAUGGCAAGGGCUUUUCGCCUAGUUCUGGGGGGGCCAGGGACAUGCCACUGCCCCAAGGGUAGAUGCUUCAAAGGCAAUACUGUCACUCAGAGCUAGGGGUGGUAGGAAGUCCCACAUUAGAAAUGGAGGCCUGGAGUAGUUCUUUUGUGUCUUUGUCCCAUUUUAUGUAUUGGGUGUUUUAGACAUUAGACACAGCCACUCAGCAAUAGCCAUUAGCCCCUCUUGUCCUAGAAUGUGUUGCCCUCCCCUUCCCCUAACCCCACAUGGCAUCUGUACCGUCUGGAUAGAGUGGGGUCUCUUACCGUGGGAUGAUGGUGAAUACCUAGCCAUGCCCGUGGUACCAAUAUGCCAAAAGAGCUCAUAUCAUCCAGAGACUGGAAACCUCCUGCCUUGCAAGAUGGUAAGAGCCUAAGAAGGUGAUUGGCUGGGGUGUAUGAGGAUGGCCUCUCUCAAUACAAGGGUGGAUGGUUCUGCCCAUCCAUCCUGAUGAAGCCACACCCACCGCAUGGUGUCGGGGGCAUGCCAUCGGGGUGACGGCAGCCAAAGGACUCCCACCUGAGUUUGGCCCCCUCAGUGUUUGGCCUGCAGCACUUCCACAUUCCCCUGGCGGUUUUCCCAGCUUCUCCCCUCAUGCCCUCCAUGCUGCAGCCAGACCUGGUUUUGCAACUCCGGUAACACUUAGCAGAAGAGCUUCCCCGCAACAGAUUUUGUGCACAGUGCAUUAUUGUUGACCCAAGGUCCCAUAUUGAACAGCAGAUCUCGAGCAGAUCCGAGCUUGUCACUCCCUUGCUGAAAAUCCUUCAGUGGCUCCCUGUUGCCCUAGGAUACAGCGUCACAGCUCUGUCUACCUCUCUAGAUGGCUUUCUGUCCUUGGCCCCUUACCCCCAGCUCUCAGGUUCUGUCCGAGCACUCUUGCUCUCUCAUCAGUACGGCCCCUCCUGUUUGCAGCUCUCUGGGUCUAGGCCAUCCUUCCGCCCUCCCCUCUUCCACUCUCCUUGGCCUCCUCGUCCUCCAAGGACUUACACAGCUCACUACCCCUUCCUCUCUGAAGCCGCGCCUGCCUCGACACUGCCGGCCAGGGUAGCCAGCAGGUUCUCGUGAGUCCUGCUGUGGUGGCGUCUCUCCGACUGCCUCAUUGACAGGUGAGCACAUUACGGGCCUGUCCCGGGGCCUGUGUAUCAUGUCCCCAGCAUGGGAUUGUGCCCAGCACAUAUCCCAGAUGUCGAAUACCCUCGAAGUAAACAGGAAAUAUACGUGGAGUACUUUACAGGUUGCAGAAUGGAUCUCUCUAUGUUGAAGCCCCGGAUUGUCCCCAAAAUGUCCACGAUUUUAUUACCCUGUCUACUGAUGAAGAAAACCAAGCUUCCAAGACAUGAAGCAGUCCUACAAGGUCACGUCGGAAUGCACAAAUCCCAACAUGCUGCAGUUGUCAUUAAAGGUUAUAUGGGACACGUGAGUGCACCAGGAGAUGUGUAUAAAGAUGUUCUUUGCUGCACCAUUUGAAAUAGCAAGUAAAAACUGCCCAUACGUCCAUCAAUAAGAGAAUAGGGAAAUAAACUAUAUUCAUCCAGUAAAAUAACGCACAGCAGUUAAAAUGAAUGAAUGAGAGCUACAUGUAUCGACACAGACUCAAUUAAACACAGUAAUUGAGUGAAAAUCAAAUUGUAGAAGGCAAGACAGUGAGAUACCAAUAUUAUGAAAGUUUAAAAACACAAAAUAAUGUCAAAUGUUCACCGAGGGGGUACACCAACUGCAAGGCCAGUGGUGACCUCAGGGGAUGGCAUGGGGUGAGGGCUUUUUUUUUUUUUUUUUAAUCUGCCUCUGCAUCGCUUCACUAUAAAAACAUCUGCAAUGAAUAUGGCCAGAUACGAACAUUGAGUGACUCUGGGUGAUGUGGUCCCUGAUGUGGUCCCUUUUUCUGUAUUUGAAAUCAUUCCAUAAUGAAAGAUUUAAAAAAGAAGACGAAAUGCACCUAGUCACACUUCUUCAGAAACUAGAGGCUUAAACACAGUCAUACCCGCCCCCUCAAGUUGGGCUGUGCCCGUUUAUGCCCCCAGGCUUGUCCGGCUUCCAUUUGAAACCGUUGUGAGCGCCUGCU